AUGGGCAAACUUACGUGGUACAACAUCGCUAUCUGCCUGGUCGUCUCCUGGGGAGGCUACAGCUAUGGCUUCGGCUUUGCCAUAUUUGUCACCAGCAUCGGGCAGCCUUCCUUCUACGAGUAUUUCGACCUUGACCGCAACAUCCUUGGAGCAAUCAAUGCUUUAUUCAACUUCGGUUUGGCAAUCGGCGCUCUGGCUCAAGGUUGGCUCGUCGAUGUCAUCGGGAGAAAGAAAGCCUUCAUGGUCGCUGCUAUAUCCUCGUUGAUUGGCGCUGCCCUGAUCACAGGCUCCGUCGCAAUUGGUAUGCUCAUCGCCGUUCGGUUGCUGCAUGGUUUCGGUCUAGGCAUGCUCAUUUGCCUUGUUCCCCUCUACUUGACCGAGGUUGCACCUCCUCGUCAUCGAGGCUUGCUCAGUGGGCUCACAACGCUGAGCUUCGGGAUGGGAUACGUUGUGUGCGCAUGGAUCUCUAUCGGAACUUACUAUGCAAAGACAUUCAAUGUCCAAGUGAGAGUACCUUUGGCACUUGCCUGUGUUGGGCCAGUGGCCCUUCUCCUGGGGCUGCCCUUCAUACCAGAGUCCCCCCGAUACCUCUGCCUAAAGAACAGAGCCAGCGAAGCAUGGGAAGUGCUUCAAAAGAUCCAUCACGAUCCCGGUGAUGAAACGGACUCAGCAGCACACGCCGAAUACAUACAGAUCGUGAGACAGGUGGAAUUCGACAAGGAGCAAAAAGCUGGGUACGUUGAAAUGUUUAGAAACCCAUCGUGGCGGCACAGGAGCCUGCUCACCUUGUUCAUUCAGUGA